CGCCCGGGGCCCGGAGCAGGCCCGCUCGCCGCUGCUCCCCGCGCGCCCGCUCGCCGCUGCCCCCGCUGUGGCGGGGCGGGGCCACCGAGAGUUUGCCGCGGAGCCGGGGAAGUUUCCCGCGGGCUGCGCACGCCUCCCGGAAAGGCUGCACCUGCCGCCCGCGCCUCCACCGCCCCGGCCGCUCGCCAGGCUGUUUAUGGAGUCAGCGCUUAAGAGAAAGGACUGACACUCUAUGGAAAAGCCAAACAUGAGGUCUUCAGAAAUGAGGAGAAAUGCAGCCAUCUGACACGGUCAUGACCCCCAAACGCAUCUUCCUCUCUGUGCUGGUGUUCGGAGUAGCAGGGUUGCUGCUCUUCCUGUAUCUGCAGGUCCAGUUUGAAGAACAACAUACAGGAUGGGGACCAGUAAAUUACUUGCAGCCCAUACCCAGAAUGGUGACUAGAGAAGACACCCAGGAACAUAUCACCAAACAGAACCCCAAAUUUCACAUACUGGAGGAUCCCAAGGAAAAAAAAGAAAAUCUUAUACUCAAUUCUGAGAGGCCAACUAGGGUCUUAACGAAGACCAGCCACUCACAAGGAAAGGAUCAAGCUGUGGGUAAGCCCACAGGGUUACCAACAAUUAAGUUGACUGAAAAACAUCGAGGAACUAAGACCUUUUUCAUGAAGUUCAGCGAAAUGAAUUGGCCAUUGGCCAUUCACCCUUUAAAUAAAAGUUUCAUCAGAGACAACAAAUGGAAGAAAAUUGAUAAGACACAAGAGAAACGGAGGUCUUUCCUCCAUGAGUUUUGCAAGAAAUACAGUGGGGUGAGUCGUCCUCAGUCACAUCUUUUUCAUAUGGUGUCCAGGAUGUAUGUAGAAGAUAAACACAAAGUCUUAUACUGUGAAGUGCCCAAGGCUGGCUGUUCCAACUGGAAAAGAAUUCUGAUGGUACUAAAUGGACUGGCUCCCUCUGCAUACAACAUUUCUCAUGAUGCUGUUCACUAUGGGAAGCAUUUGAAAAAGCUAGAUAGCUUUGACUUAAAAGGGAUACAUACUCGUUUGAAUACCUACACCAAAGCUGUGUUUGUUCGUGACCCCAUGGAAAGAUUAGUGUCAGCAUUUAGGGACAAAUUUGAACACCCCAAUAGUUAUUACCAUCCAGUAUUCGGUAAAGCAAUUAUAAAGAAAUAUCGACCAAAUGCCUGUGAAGAGGCAUUAAAUAACGGAUCUGGAGUCAGAUUCAAAGAGUUUGUCCACUACCUGCUGGAUUCCCACCGUCCAGUAGGAAUGGACAUUCACUGGGAAAAGGUCAGCAAACUCUGCUAUCCGUGUUUGAUCAAUUAUGAUUUUGUAGGCAAGUUUGAAACUUUGGAAGAAGAUGCCAAUUACUUUUUACAGCUUAUUGGUGCUCCAAAAGAGCUGAAAUUUCCAAACUUUAAGGAUAGGCACUCUUCUGAUGAGAGAACGAAUGCUCAGGUCGUGAGACAAUAUUUAAAGGAUCUGACAAGAACUGAGAGACAAUUAAUCUAUGACUUUUAUUACUUGGACUAUUUGAUGUUUAAUUACACAACUCCAGUUUUGUAGCUUGUAUUCAUUUUCUAAAGCCCUAUUAUUUACUUCAUGAUGCUGGCUUCAAAUCAGCUAACCCUGAUUUCCUUCUAAUUGUCUAUAUGAGAGAAAUUUAACUAAGUGUAGUUGUCUUGAUAGGAUGAAGAUUUUUACCAAAUAGUAUGACACCAAUUGGCACAAAGUUCUAGGAAAAUUACCUAACAGAGACAUGUAAACAACUUGAGUUGCUCGAAAAUGUUUGGGAAAGAGCUGCUUUUACAUUACAGGUUAUAUUAUAGAAGCAAUAACCUCACCAGCAGCGACAUUAGCUGCAACAGCUUCUUGCAAUGGUAGGAAAAGGGAUCUAAAAUAGCAUGAGUGGAUGUCUACAUCCUGGAAUGUGUUGUCUAAAGUGCAUGGAUAUAUUUUUAGCAGUCUGUGGCAUAUUAAUCAAACACUGGAUAGUUUUCUUAUACCCUGGAAAUCUUUCUGUCAACUAUAAUGGUAAAUCCAUUUGAAAUGAUAUGUUAAGCUUAGGCAUUUUACGUUAGAUUAGAAAGCACUGUGUGAUUUACAACAUGAGACCAUAGCAGAAUAAGCAGAUGAAGCUGGCUAUGUAUGGCUUUUUAUAUCCAACAGGCUGAUUAAAAAUGCACAACAUGCUAAGAUCAAAGCAAUGGAAGCAACCUUCCUCCUCCAGAAAAAAACCAUAAGGGAAUUGAUUGUUUUCUUUUGAGCCCUCUCUGCAGGUACAAAAUGAACAUAACCACUAAAGGACUUAGUUUCUGAAGGAGGCCCUUAAAAAGUUUAAGCCUCAUCAGAUAUAAAUGUGCACCUAAUUCUGGUUUAAUUGGGCAGGGGGGAAAUUGUUUCAGGGUGGAAUAAUCAUCAAAAACAAAAGUUGCCACUCUGAAUAUAGACCUCAAACAAUAACAAAGUUUUAUAAGAAUUUUAUUUGAAUCAAAGCAUCAUGUGUUUAGCUUUAUAUGUGGAUUGUACACCAAGAAUAGCUUUUGUUUGCAGGCUAAUUAUUCAGCUUGGGAAUGACUUUUUAAAAACGAAGAUACCACUUCAAAGAUAGGUUAUGUUCUGGAAAAUAAACAUAACAAGAGCCCCUAGAAAUGCUUUUAAUAGGCUUAUACAUAAAGAAAUUAGGGUAUUUUCUUUUUAAGUUAAAAUAUUCUAUACUAAUCAAGUCGAAUACCACUGCAUUCAAAUAUUAAAUCAAAAUCUUUGGAAAAUAGGACCAUGUGUCACCCUUAUAAGAAGUUACAAUGCAUUUUGGAAAUUUUUUCCAUGGGACUCUAAAUCUAAAGACACAUUUGGGUGGGAAAUUUAUUUUAAUUGGUCAACUAUUAACCUAACUUAAGCAAAUCUCAUGUCAUUCAAACCCUGUUUAAAUGCAUUCCUUGAACAUUUUCCUCUUCCCAAGCUACCAUUUUUUCUCAUUAGUAAAUAUUCAGUAAUGUCUGUCAAAGAAGAGUGGGUAUUAAUAUUAGAAUAUUAAUAGACCAAGAUGGUUACAGUUGUACUUAUCUCAUUUUGAUUUUCCAUUUUAUGACUGAGUGUUCAUGAAUUGCUUCACUCUGCAUUGUGUCUCCCAGGGAGUAGGUAACUGCAACGGGCUGCCAGAUCCUGAGAAGCCUUAUGACCCAACCUUUCACCGCUUUUCCACUCCAUUUACUCUUGCCUCUAGACUGUACGUGUAAGCUGUGCUCCCUGUCUUAGAGGACUUUUACUAUAGAGAAUCUAAACUAUAUAAUUUAAAUUUUGCUAGGGUGAAUUCCUGGUAACUUAGAAACAUUGAAAUUAUCUUUUUAUGGAGAGAGAGAGAGAAUAAAAAAUAUGCCAAGAAGCCUGACACAUUAUUCCUAAACUACACAAAACUGGUUUUAGAUGGGACCUGCUAUAAAGUAGAGAGGUAAUUUUUUCAAAGUAAUUCCUAAAGACAUGUAAGAAACAAAAAAAUCCUUUCUCUUAGUAACUUUGGAAAGAAAAAAAAAUGGAAACAAGGAUCUUAUCUCUCUUAUUAGCUUUUCUAAGGCACUUGAGAGAACCAGACAUAGGUAAACAUUCAUGUAUGUAAACAGUCAUAUAAAUGAAGACUCCUAUAUGCAUGCAUUUACAGGACUGUUCAGCAUUGGGGUGGGGAAGGAAGCAACAGGCAGUGUUCCCUGCCAAGGCGGUUCUGUGCCUGCCUGCAUGUGCCCCCCUCCUCACCCUUUCCACCCACCUGUGUUCCCAUCAGCGGUCUGUCCUUCAGUCAUUCUUUCCCUGAAGACUCUGAUGCCAGCUGACAUCCUGUGUGUUUGGGAGUUCCAGAGGCCAUGUGUUACAAAGGUUUUACAGAGGAAGGAUACACUUUUUAUGUACCUCCUCUUCCUCUCCAAUGACCUCUUUUCCUAUAGGGCCAAAGAAGCCAGUCACCAUUCGGGAUUCCCUGUCAGGCUAAGUACUCACACUGUUUUUCUCUCCUGGAUUAUGCUUUGCAGACCAGCUCACAUUCCCCUUUGUCAUCCUGCCUGGGUACAUACCCCGGUGUGAGCAUCCCUGCUCCUUUGGACAGUCACAGUUUCAUGGGUGUAGAUUCCUAAAGGCAAGUGACCAAAUCUGGACUGACUCACCUUCCGGAUGCCCCGUGCUCCCAUGUCAACAGCAGCAGCUUGAGGUGUGGUUGUAAGUCCUCUAAUUAAACCCUAAGAAUCUUAUUUAUUUUUACAGGCAGCAGUAACAAGCUGGCAUGCCCCUUCACUCUGUUAUUCCUCUGUCUGGAGUUAUUAUUAGAGUAAUAAGUUGGCAAUUAAAUCCAAAUUCACAGUUAUUUAACGUAGUGAACUACAUAUGGAUAUGCUUUACUGAUGUGAUUGUGCCCAGAAACUACCAUAACAUUCAAUGGAAAUGUAUGCACAGGACACCUAACUUUCUGAUUUUCUCAUGUGUGUUUAGAAAUAUCCAUCGUCAAUGGAAAUGUAGGGCAGCUCACUAAAUCCUCUGACUUCGUGAUCUAUAAAAUAUUAUCUAGCAAUUCAAGAACUACUUAGACUCCAUUUAUAAUUACAGAAAAAAACUUUUCCACUUUAUUCAUGAAUUACUAUUGUUCAAAAAGGUGCUAGAUCUUAAAAUAUAUAGUGUUUAGCUGAAGGGAAUAUAUAAGCAGCUGCAGGGAAUUGCGACUAUACAUUCCCCUUGCAAAGAUCACUUGCAGAGUGAGUAGAACUUGGAAUUUGUAGGCUGGGCUUACAGUAAACACUUCCUUACUAUGAGUCUCCACCUGACCCACUGGGACGCCUUCUGCCUAUAGGCCUUUGUGGAAUUGGGUGAAGCAAAAAAUGCCCCUGGCCCACAUCCCCACCAGGCUCUAAGGAAUAGUUGGCCAAAGGCCUUUAAUAGUAGCUCGACCACCUGAGAACCUUAGACCAGGGCUGACACAGUGUAGUCCUGCCCUUACUGUCACAGCCUGUCCACCCCUAACUUAAUCAUUAUAAUAUUCAUGAUCAUAGUCAUAAUCAAACAUUUAUUCAAUACUUAGUGCCUUAUAUGCAUUAUUUAAUCUCUAUAGUCAAUCUAAAUUAGGUGCUAUUAUAGCCCCCCCCACCACCAAUAUAUAAUAAAGGAAACUAAAGCAGAGUGUAGUUGAGUAAUGUACCAAAGAAAUACAGAAUUAAAUAGGGGACCAAGAUGAACCCAGGCCCCAAAUACCGCUACCAGACUCUCUUCUUUAAGUAUUAUAGACUUAACUUUUUUUUUUUUGCUAUCAGUGUGUAUUUAGCUAGUUGGUUAUCACAUUUCAAAUCAGCUUAUCCCUUUAUUCUUGCUGAGUUAAACUGACAGAUUCAAAGGUUUUUUAAGACAUUAGGAUUUAUUCCUCUCUGCCUUUUUUGAAUUCCCAGUCCAUCCUGGGACACAAUGUUUUUAGAAAAGGAAAAAGCCCCUGGAACAAAUCUAGCCUGCUGAAAGUGAAAUGCAGCCCAAGGGGGAGGCAAGCCAGCCAGUCCUCUGCACAUGGGCACUGGACGGCCUCUGAAGAUCAGCCACAGUGCAAGCGCCGUCACCACUGAGACACCGAGCAGCUGUGUGUGGCUCCUUCCUGAGUUCUCAUCCCCAGUCACAGUUUGAUGGGUAGAGAACCCUAAACUGACUUGGGAAAACUGUACCCAAAAAAUGAAGCAGGUUGACUUAAACCAAUUGAGAAACACCAUGAAAAAAAUCAAGAUAAGUAAGCGCCCAGCUAGGAGGGGACAGGCUUCCUGGGCCUGCACACGCUCUACCCGUGCGAAGCCACCUCUGAGGAGCUCACUGUUGCCUCACACCACCUAGUGCGCAGAAUUGCCAAGCCACACACAUCACAGUUCCUCCCAAGGUCGUAUCCCUCAGGGACUCAGAUCCAUGUAAGCCAUCAUCUCUCCCGUCUCUAAGCCUCUGCUCAAGUCUCGGCUCUAUUCGAAAUACUCUCCUCUCUCCAUAUCUGGACAUUCAUCUCAUGCUAACUCACCAAGGAAUCUCUCAGCUUAUUCCAUUUUGAAAUAAAAUCAUUUUGUGAGCAUUCGGAUCAGUGGAAAAAGGCAAAAUGCUUUUCUCCUGAUGGGAGGCUCAUUAGAUUCUUCCCUUACCGGUGACGUAGGCAUUCCUUCCCCUCCUUUGUUUCCUUCAUUAACUUAUUUAUCCAUUUGCUGUAUCCCUCUUUGUAGGAAUAUACAAUUUCCAUUUCAUCAGAAUACAUCUAAGGUCAUCCCAGAGGAAGGGAACUGUGUCCGUUUAAUUCACUUUUCACAUUUCUGGCAAAGCACUGCAUGGAAAGAGUUACUUUAAUAAAUGUUUUUGAUGAUAUAGUUUAAAGGUUCCGCUAUAGCUUUUCUUAAUGUUUAAUAUGUGUAUUUCUACCUUAUGACUUUCAGGCAUUUAUGGGGUCAGUGGAUCUAAGGAGAAGGAGCUAGGGUAGGACCUUGAGGAAGUGACCCUAACCUAAAAGCAGAGCUGCAGACACAGCAAUCUCUUACAUUCCUAAAGUGACAUAUAUGCUUAUUAAGUUUUCAUAAGACAUGUUGAAAAAAUACAUGAUUCUGGUUAAUGUAGAGCCAUUUACUGAGCACCUACUAGGCAACUGACACUGGAAAAAAUACUUGGUAUACAUUCAUUCAGUGACGUGGAGGAUAUGUCUAGUCCUUUCCUGAACAAAUGAGUUAGGUAUCAUGCCACCCACCGUUUUAUAAAUGGGAAUAGUGGAGUCAUAGGGGUGUCAGGACUAGCCGCAGAGCCAGCUUCCUGCUAAGGUCUCUCUGGCUUCAAAGCUGAGACCAUACACAGCAGCCCACGGGCCAGACUGGGUCAGAGAUAACAUUUGGUUUGGCCUAUAGUGCAUUUUAUUUACUAUUGGAACUAGUUGCUGAUGUUUCAAAAUCAGGUCUCUUGCAUCACGGGCAGGAAUUUCUGCACACAUACCCCUGCAUUGCACAUGCCCACCUAAAAAUAGUAGGGCAGAACCUAGAUCAGCCCCCUAGAGAAGCCAGAGAGCUCUUGUUCAUGCUCCCUGCCUAACCACCAUCACCCAUGUCCCUUCUCCCUCACCUGGCCGGGCCCUACGUGCCCCACCUUCCACCCCUGCUUUGGAGUGUGUGUUUUCUCAUCCACCAAGCUCCCAAAGGAAAAGCACUCCCUGAACAUUUUCUUGGACCAUAUUUGUGUGAGGCAGUCCAUGAGGUUGUCACAUUCUUACUUUCCUUAUCCUCACUCAGAAUGCUGCUUGCCCCCUGGUCUUAUGCCCAAUGGGGUUACCAAACAAUAUUUCCUUGUUUGAGGAAAUCUCUUUUGACCGACAAAAAAGAUGUGAGAGAAAUCCAGUACCUUUCUUUGGCAACCUUCUGUCUUGGCAACUGGGCCACUUUGGCAAACUUCGCCUUGGCCACAACAUCCCUUCCCACCCUCCUCAGAGAUGAGUCACGUUCCCAGGCCCUCGGAAGCUCAGUGUCUAGAGACAAACUUCUUCCCACUGAGGCACCCAGAUGGCUAUUCCAUGAUCUUCCUUCAUAAGCUCCUGUUUUCAAUGUGUCCCCACCCUUCCUGAACUCUGAAACUGCCUAUUUCCCAGCUUUCUCUGAGGAUCUCCCCGUCUGGCUCACAACUCCUCUCCACCACUUCUUGUGACUAACCUGGGGGACGUUAGCAUUCCCAGGGGCUCAUCACUAUUCUUGUGCUCUAACGACCUCUUUCUUUCACUUCAACUUGGAGACGAGGAGAAAACAGAAACACAGCCCUGGUAAGAAAUAGCCAUUGUCCCUAAAGAGCAGAAAACUUCUGGCAAAUGCUGGAGUACUUCAUUUUAUCUGUUUAUUUCCUCAAAAUAUUUCCAAAGUUUAGAAAAAUGUUCUUCAGAAAUAUUAUGAACCAAAGUGGACUUAGAAUGCUGCAGUAACUACCAACUUAAAAUGACAGUAUUAUUAGAAGACUGUAAUUGUCCUUAGGAAAAAAAUAACCCCGAUCUAGUUCAUCCAUUUCUCAAAAAAUAGUGACUGGACCACCGGUAUCAAAGUUAUCCAAUUUUGUGUUCAAACAGAUUCCUGCACCCCACCCAAAAUGUGCUGAAAUUAGAACCUCUGUGAAACCCACUUGGGAAUUUUUUAACCAUCUCCUGGGAUGAGUUUUUUACAUAGCAAAGUUCGAGCACCACUCGUGUGUAUGUGAUUCUUUUUAAAUCCUGGUUGAUCAUAGGUGAUGACAAAGCCUGCUCUCUUCCUUCCGUGACUUUGUUGAAAAGCUAAAGACUCUCAGCUCAGAAAUGGGUCAGAGGGUGUUGGCACCCCCGUCCUCCGUGGGAUUCUGACCCAGGCUGAAGCAGAAACUUGGCCCCUAAGAUCUGCCCGCCGCAAUAACUAGAGCUGAAGUGAUGAAGUGAGUUAUGGGACCAGCCCUGUGCACUGCCCAGACUUUUUGAAAGCAUGCAGGAUGAAAAUGGGGAAAUGGAAAUUCUCCCCUUUUGAAACACAAAAGACAAAUGUGUACUGAAGGCAACUUUGGCGACGCAACUUCAUACUGAACUGAAGACAGUACGAGUUUCUCCAGUAAAAAAUAGAAAAGCCAUUUUCAAACUGACCUAAGAUUAUUGAAAAUGGGAAGUAUUUGCUAUUUGGGUUAUUAGUUUGAAAGCAAGGGCCCCAGGAAAUAUUUUGCAAUUUAAUUUAAAUGGUGAGAAUGUACAUUUUUCUUGGACUUCAUUAAAGCAUUUGUCUCUCCUUGCCUUUCUGUUAGGUUCAACCACAUGACAUCACCAGCAUUUGACCACUUCCAGGAUAAGAACACACCCCGUUCAUGGGGUCCCCCUAAUAACUGCUCUGCUGCCUACCCACUUCUCACCAUGUGCCCCACCUAGACUAUUAGAAACCACCUCUGAAAAGGAACCCUACUCCUCACCACACUUUCCAUUUUUCCUCUUUUUUCCUAUUUUCCUUAUUAAAUUUUUAAUUGGGAAACAUAAAAUUUACCAUCUUUACCCUUUUUAAGUGGCACUAAGUGCAUCUACUUUGUUACGCAGCAGCCACCACCAUCCAUCUCCACCUUUGUCAUCUGGCACGUCUGCAACUCCAUGCACCUGCUCAGUGCUAACUACCUUUUCCCGCCCCUGCCCCUGGUCACCCCCAUUCUACUUUGCAGGUACCUUAUGUAGGUGGAAUCACACAGUAUUUUUCCUUUUGUGAUGGCUUUAUUUCACUUAGCAUGACGUCUUAAAGGUUCAUCCAAGGUGCAGCUAUGUCAAAAUUUCCUUUUUUCCUAUAGCUGAGCAAUAUUCUUUGGUAUGUAUAUUUCCUCCCCUUACUCCACUCUACACACUUUUAAAAUAAAUUUCCUACAGCACCAUUCUGCUCUCAGCUUCUCAUUGCCUGGCUUCAAGGUCCUCAACAAUAUGACCCUUACCCAGCACCACCUAAUGACUGCAUCAAACCCAUUAUUAUGCAGCCAAAUUGAACUUUUGCCUUCUUUGAAGACAUCCUUGCUUUACCCCUAUUUUGUUCCUACUCUUUGCACUGGCUGAAGUGGCCGUUUUCUCCUCUCUCUUUAACAAUUUCCUCAU